AGUGGCUACCAUAUUGGCCGGAGAAGAUAUAGAACAUUUCCAUCAUUGUAGAAAGUUCUAUUGGACAGUGCUGUGGUAGAGCUAGGACUUGCCAAAGAUCCAAGAAAGCAACCUGACUGAAUUGAAAACCAGGCCAGUGCCUGUUCGUUUUGAGUGAGAAGGGUCACUUGGGUGAGUGGGGAACAAGCUGACCUUUGGAACAGUGACAUCACAAAGCACAGCUCACAAUGGCUACAGAACACGUGGGAUUCCAGGCUACUCUCCCUAACUCAUAUCUAGGUUUCUGAAGCCUCUGCACAUGUUGUUCCUGGAGCUGCUGCUGUCUUAUUAAAAUGUCAACAUUUCUACCUGUAUCUCCUUCCUGGGAUGACGUUAUAGAUUCUCUCUCUCUGAGCACAAUAUGGAAUUGGCUACAAGCAACUUUUCUGGGAGAGUCUAGUGAGCCCCAGCAAACAAAUUUGGGGAUACUACAUAAUAUUGCUCCAGCUGUGCAAGUUAUCCUGAAGAUUUGCUUUUUGAUUUUGUUGACAAUAGGAUUAUAUGCCUUAUCGAAAAGAAGUAUUCAGUCAAUUCAGAGAAUAUUGUUGUUUAUAAUCACACUCUACAAAGUUUACAAGAAGGGUUCAGAUUUUUUUCAGGCUUUGAUGGCCAACUCAGAAGUGAACGUUUUCCCAGCUCAAGACAAUAAAAAUCUCUUCCUGUCCUUGGGUCUGCAAGAGAAAAUUUUGAAAAAACUCCAGAUAGUGGAAAACAAAGUGAAGGACCUGGAGGGGAUGAUCAUUUCUCAAAAACCUAUUACGAAGAGAGAUUGCUCCUCUGAGCCCUACUGCAGCUGCUCCGACUGCCAGAGCCCCUUGGCCACAUCAGGGUUUACUUCCACAUCUGAAAUGUGAUGGACUCCACUCUUUUCCAGAAAAGCACUACUUCCCUCAUGUGUGUACUGGUGUAUCAAUAA